AUGGCCUCAGUUUUCACCUACGAUCCAGAUCUGCCUCGGGUGUCGUCUCCAUGGUCAACCCCUGGCACGACGACACCGCGACCGAUUCCUUCGGGGACUAAAGGCGAGAGCAGCCGAGAUGAAUCCUUCCGCGCCCUGGAUCCUACUGACCCGAACUUCCUAGCAGAGUGCGGGAUCACUAAACUAGAUGCAGAACCACAGGAUGGCCCAACGGAGUAUAAGCUUCACCUUCUUUUGCGUUCACGGCGUUCCUUUCUGUCGUUAUCCACCGGAAAUAUGACUUCAGGUUCCUGUCACUCUAAAUCGCAUCCAGGCAAUUCUGAGUCUCCAUCAUUAUCUCCAGAGCAAGCUUCUAGGCCCACUCAAACGUUGUCAAAUCAAUCGCGACAGCAUAGGCUCCAGCAGCUUACUACCCAGCUUCUCUGGCGGUUACAGCAAUCUUCUCCUUUCCACUCAUCCUCAACUGUCGACCUAGUCCUCCCCGUUUUGCCAGAGGUGACCCCGAUGCUCAAUGUCCCGAGUGUACCUGCCCGGCUUCUUCCAGGCCUUGAAGAAUCCCAGGGAGCUUUAUACGAAAUUGGAGUCUCGGAUGAUGGCACAUUUGUUGGUCUUGCUGAAGAUGAAAUGGAGGAGAGUCUUACAAAUCUUCGAGCGAUGGCUGCGAGUUUGGGUUGCAACGUUGAAGUUCUAAGGAGAGUAGCUGUUGGCUAUUGUGAGUGGAAUGAGAACGCGGAUGACGAAACCAAACCGAUGGUGCUUCGCUCUGAAAAACUCUGGGUUGCCGAGGCUCUUGUUAGCCCUGAUCUCAAACAGAGCGAUCAACAACCUCCCGUCGGCGACCGAUGUCAAUUAUCCAAUUCCCGAGUGGCUGCCAUAUCCUCGCCGCUAGUUAUUGAGAAGGAGACUAUCCUCUCCACACCACAGCUUCAUAUAGCCCUUGCUGGACCCUCAACCGCUGGAAAGUCUUCUCUUCUCGGUGUGUUGUCUACCUCCGCUCUUGACAAUGGCAGAGGAAAGAGCAGGCUCAGCCUUCUGAAACACCGCCAUGAGAUCGCCUCUGGGAUCACAAGCUCAAUAGCACAGGAGCUAAUUGGUUAUUCUCCUCAUGAUACUGAGGGUUUGGGAUCCUCCCCUGAUGUGGUGAACUAUGCAUCUGGCAAUGUUACUGCCUGGAAUGACAUCCAUGCGACUGCGGAGGGUGGUAGGCUGAUCUUUCUUUCUGAUCUACCUGGAUCAACAAAGUACCUCAAAUCGACUCUACGUGGUUUAGUUAGUUGGGAACCUCAUUAUCUCCUGCUUUGCGUUCCAGCCAAUAGCCACUCAGAUUCUGCAACAAUUGAUGGGCGCCGCGAUAUCGAUAUUUCUCUGUCAUAUUUGGAUUUGUGUAUGAAGUUAGAACUUCCUGUCAUUGUCGUUGUGACUAAACUUGACAUGGCAACUCGGUCCGGUAUAAGACAAACACUGGUACAAAUACUAUCAACGAUCAAGUUGACUGGAAGGACGCCUGUCAUGCUUCCGGCCCCAACAGACACAACUGAACAGGAUGUGAACCUUCAACAGAUUUCAGCUUCUGACCAGCUGGACGCGGACAACGCAAUUGCUUCUGUGGGUACCAACUGGACGAACAAGGUCCCUAUCGUCAUUACCAGCUCUGUUACCGGAGCAGGGAUUGGGAAACUGCAUGCAAUGCUUAGAACCCUUCCAAUUCCCGCAAAGAGCUCCAGAAGGCCAAUAUCAAUGACUAGCGGUACAAAUGUGCCACAUGAAGCCGCCAAGCUAUUCGAUAUUACUGAAGUGUUUGAGAUGCCAGCGCUCAAGGUGUAUUCUGUAGCGGGUGACAAUAAGCGACAGCAUGAUAGGGCAAUUAUUUUGUGCGGUCGCGUCCGCUGUGGUUACAUCUCGAUUGGUGACCAGCUUGUUGUUGGUCCACUCAUCAUGGAUUCCCAAGCAUAUAUAGACUCGUCUCACCUGGUGUCGCAGUCAAAACCGAUGUUCAGCAGAUCACUUCCUUUGGAACUUGCAACAUUUUAUUUGCACAAUGCCCUUCCAGAUGAGGAUCAUUCACAGGCUCGAGCUCACUGGCAAGUAGUCCGUGUUGUCAGUCUCCGAAAUCUGCGACUGCCUGUCACAACUUUACUCGAGCACCAGAUCGGCACAAUAGGGAUAGACGGCGCUGAUGUAAUUCCAUACCUAGGGAAAAUUCGAAAAGGUAUGGUUCUAGCUGAUUUCCACCCAAUUUCCUCCCCGCUCACGAUACCGAGCUCACUACUCGCGCCGGUCUUUUACACCGGGUUUGUUGCCUCAUUUCCAGCCUCGAACUUCUCUUCCACACUCUCCUCUUCGCUUAUUAUCGGAGGACAUGCUGUUGUCUACAUUGCUAGUAUCAGGGCGGCUGCGAAAGUGACAUGUGUCGAGGCCAACAGGAAUACCCAAAGACUGUCCCUUGUGGGCGAUGCAGAGAUCUCUCCGCUUGAUAGUGAUUCUUUGCCUGCAAGCGACUCACACCAUCGCCAUCCCGAGCCAACUGCGGACAUUACCGGUGGCUCAUGCGAUAAUCCGCAUGAAUCCGACAAUAUCAAUAUCACGUUUUCCUUCGUCUCUUCUGUGGAGUGGAUUGAAUUGAAUUCCCGUGUGCUUGCCAUGCCUGCAACAACUCUGGCAACAUCGUCGUCCUCACUUCAUUCCGUUUCAGGAUCGCUGGGACUGAAAGGUUUUGUCGGGCAGGUUUGCCAAGUCCUGAGUAGUUGA